CAAAUAAAAUCGCUGUCAAAAGGGGAAGCGAGGUUGAGAUCUGGAAGGCCCUUUGUAUUUAUUGAUUUGCAUUUAUUCCAAUGCAGUAAACCUCUUCCUCCAGGCUGCUUUGUGCAGUUCCGCCAACGCUUCUGCACGGGGAUUUUCUCAGAUACUUGGUGUGUUGGCAUGUGGUGACGUUGCAAAGCUUUCACUAGCGAGGCUGCAGGAGUGAACGCUUGCUGGAUACGCUGCAGCCAGCCAGCCAGGCUGACUGACUGACUGCAGCCUGCGAGGGACUGCUCCGGGGCUUGGUCUUUGCUUGAAUGCUGCUGAGAGGAGAAACAAGUCGGGCCGGUGCUCAGUGAAGUGAGUCGUAACCUAAACUGAAGACUUCGUUUCUCGUCAAUAUGAUAUCCAUCAGCUGAAGCAUUUUGCUUUUAAAUAACAUUGAUACUUUUGGGAGCAAAGAAGAUUUGGUGGAGAUGAUCCCAACUGACUGGGUUCGACAAGAAACAAACAUUGUAUCAAUCUACCUGUGAUCACCUAAUACAGCAGUUCUGGCCAUAAGGAAUAUUCUGAAAAAUGUGGACCCCUCUUGGACUCUUUCUUUAUGUAUCAAUUUCCUUUUUAACUGAGACCUCAAUGCAUAAUUUACAAGAUAGUGGAAUCCAGGUGCUAAAGUUCCGACAUGUCAGUCGUGCAGAAGAAUGUAACCUAACUUGUGACUCUGUAACAGAUCAAGAUGGCUUGAAGUGUAAUUGGGUGGUGAUUGAGGAUAAUCAAAAUAUCUGUUUUUAUUUACACUGUCCGGAUAUCUCUAUCUGUAAAGGAGCAACUGUGGAAGAUGUUGAAGCUUUGCAAAUAGGAAAAAAAUCACCGAUCAAAAUUUUCUUGCAUCGUGUACGAAGGAAAGCAAAAACUAACAACACAGCAACUGUAUCAGUAAUUACCACACCAGCCAUGGCCAAUGAGUUAUUAUCAGUCAGUAAUGAGUCUGCAACAUUCUCAGCAGCUGCCACUAAUUCAAGUACAGAGUCAAAUAAAGUUACCAACGUGAACACCAAUAAUGCCACAGUUACAGCAUCAACAACAUUCGGUUAUACAUCUAGUACUAUCUCCAAUACUUCAACUACCAAUAUUUCAACCACCUUAUCAUCUAUAACCACAGUGAUGAUGACAGCCCAAACGGCAGGUAACUCAAAAAUGAAUAUUGUUGAAACAACUUCAACACCGGCCACAUCAAGAACAAACAGUAUACAACUGACCACUAUUAAUUCAUCAGAAAUAUCUACCGACCGUGAAAGUUCUGCACCACUUAUCCAUAGUGAACUAACUACACGGGUCCCAGCAGGCAGUAACAAAAGUGAAUCACUGGUAACACCAAAAAAUAUUUCGAAGGAUACUACAACUUCCUUUCGGUCUUACCUAAUUACUACAAAACUGUCAAGUUCCACGCCAAAAGCAACCAAAUCUUCAACAGUACAAUUAACCACCGUAACCCCAACAAAAGUGCCGACAACACAACUAUUCCUAGAGGCAACAACAAAGCAGAAACAAAUUUGGACCGAUGCACACACAAUCACGGGAGGAGUAUCACAGUCACCAAAUAUAAAAAGCAGAACUACAGUUGCUUUCAAUGAUCAGAAGAAUUAUGUCUUUCCUUCAGUGCCUGCUGGAGCUCUAAUCAAAUAUUUAGCUGACACAAGCUCAUUAAUGGCCAUUCUAAUAUUUGGACUGUUGUUUUUCUUAAUGAGUAUUAUUUUGUUUGCACAUAAAGCAUUUGAGAGCUACAAAAGGAAAGAUUAUGUGCAAGUGGAUUAUCUAAUAAAUGGAAUGUAUGCGGAUUCAGAUAUGUAAGAAAAAAGAAAAGUGAAAAAUAUAGGAAAAAUAUAAUUAUUGGAUUGAUUCUUUCAUUGAACCAAGCACAUUCUAUAAACUGUGAUGUGGACGAACAGCAAUGUGCCAUAAGUUGAGGACUACUGCCUUGUUCUGGAACUUCUCGAGAUGAGAAAUCAUUUGCGAAUUUCUGAUAUUACGGUUGACGUCAAUGUAAUCAUUUUGUGAGAUGCACUAUUUAGCUCUGACUCACUUGCAACAAAAAUGUUCUCCGUAAGCCAUUGUUUAAAACAAAGUUACUUUGUAUUUUCGAUUCAGAGAUAAGUUUGCAAUAAAGUUUAUUUUAAACAAUUCAGUAAUAUACUUGUCCAGCAAUACAGUUGAUAAAACUGUGCAAUUGAACACUAAGCCAUGUUCUACAGUUGCAAUGUACCACUAUGCAGUUUCUUGCCUUAAAAUUUAAUUUUUUUACCCUAAAUUUCUGAAAUUUAAAGCUUUUUGGGAGGUGCUUCUGUAUAAUUUUGAGAUACCAUGCAUUACUUCAUCAAACUAUUAAACUGGUUCCAGUGUAAUAACUAUUGAAAUA